AGAGAUUAUGUUUGUGAUGGGAAACCACAAGCUGAUGCUAACUCAAUUUACAUAUGGGUCUACACAUUUCCUCUGCAUUCAUGUAGUGGCACAACAGCAACAGGCACUCAGGAGAAAACGAGGGAACACCACUUAUUUAUACAAGCUAUUUAGGUGAUGCAUUUUGGCGCAAUAUCUGCCAAUAUCUACAGUUAGUGCGAAAGGAGAAGGUGUGUGGCGAUGGUGGUGUUCUGACAUUUCAUCCAGUCAAACCCUGCAAGGCAGUGCCGAUGGAAAGGGCAUGUUCUGACAAUACUAGAUGGAAAGAUUUUCAUCCGAAUCAAACGGCAUGAAGAUCCACUAAGAAUGGAAAAAGGUGAGAAAAGAAAUGAUGGCAUGCAGCGGCGGUUAGAAACAAGUACAGUCAGUUUAUAAUAAUCAGUUUUUCUGGCCCAAAACUUAUACAAGAGGAAGUGGUUUCCAACGGAUGUCAAUUGAUUGUUUAAAGUCUAAAACACAAGUUGCACCUAAAAACAUAACUGUUUGGCGUUUGUAUCGGGAUUAGUUUGUUUUUUGAUGAUCUUCAACUGGAGGUGACAAUUAUAUUUUUAGUUACUGAAGUAUAAAAGUAGAAUAAAAAAGUACACAUCUCUCUGUGUGCUCUAAAUAUAACAUUAGUUUUGCUCGUCGCGUUCUUUGAUGAUGAAAGUAGAUGGGGCCUCUUGGAUCACUUCCUUUAGAAACCAUAAACACACACACAUAAGCUGACACACACACAUAAAGGAGGUGAUCUAGCUGCUCUGACAGGAAAUAACCUUCAUAAUGGAAAGUGGCUGUUCUUCUUUUCAGCUGAAUAUUAUGAUGAUGAAGAUGGCUGCUGUCUCCACCAUCACUCUCUUCCUGCUCUGCUGCUCCUUCGCCUCCACAGAUUCUAAGGAUUGUGACUACAAUGCUGCAACAGGCGGGAACUACACUGUGAUUCUGGCCCAUAAACUCACCAGCUCUAACAGAUUGAAAUGGAUGCGCGACAGUAAAGUAAUCGUACAUCGAAGACAAAACAACGUUUUUGUCGAAGGGACGAAGGAGAAUAUUUAUGAAAAUGGAUCCCUGAAGCUGACAAAUCUGCAGAAAAGCGACGCAGGGAAAUACUACCCCGAGGUUCAUGAUAGUGAUGGAAAACAAAUACCGAAUUUGAAAGGCACACGGUUAUGUAUAUUGGACCCUGUCCCGAUGCCUCGAGUGAUUUUUAAGUGUUCCCCAUCUGUUUCAUUAACCUGCAACAUUGAUCAGCAGGCUGACAAUCCCAGUUUUCAAUGGUUUCAUAAUAACAAGGUGUUGACAAAGAAAACCAAUCAGACUCUGAUACUAGAAGACAAAAAGAUGCACAAAGAUUCCUUCCAUUGCGAAGUUUCCAACGCCAUCAGCUCUUUAAAAAGUACAACGGUUGACAACCCCUGCUUUGAUCCUCCCAAGCCUUUUUUCCCUGACAAAGUACUUGGAAUUAAUACCUGGAUUUUCGUGGGCGGCGGAGGAGGUGUUGUUCUGGUGCUGAUUAUCAUCGUCAUUGUUUGCUGCAUCCAGACCAGACGGAAAAAACGCUUGCAACUGAAGGACGAGGGGGAGCUUCGUUUGGCGUGGACCAGUGAGCAACAGCAUCAGCAUCAACAUCAACAUAAUCAUCCUCCCGAUCAACAACAUCAUCAUCAUCAUCACCACCAGCAGCAGCCGGCCGGCCACACCGGUCCUCGCCAGCAUCGCUCCAAACAGCACCACAACCAGCAGCGUACCAGAGCCCCCAACCCGAGUCACCCUCAGCCCAGCCCCCGAAGACCUGCACAGGCCCCCCCCAUACCAGUUGAUAACGAUGACGAGCAGCCUCCUCCUCUUCCUCAGCCCAGGAAGAAAGCCCCCAAGUCACCAAGAGUGUGACACCGUGUGAGUGAAGGAGUUUAGAAAAGUUUCUCACGUGCUCUUCUUAUUUUCGGCUUAUUCCUUCCUGAUUUGCUUCUCUCCUCCCUUCUUCUCUAUUGAUGUUUCUGCUUCACUGAAGAAGAUGAAUUCAACCAAACUCAGCCAGGAAAAGCAGAUUAAUGACACUUCACUCCUCUUCGGCCUCUCCUUGGCGUUAAACAUCAUGAUUUCAUCAGGAAGUAAAAGCAAAGUAGAAAGAUGCUCGUUAAAGCUGAACUCAAACUAUGAAUCUUCAUAAGCUUUCAGCUUAUUAUGACACGGUGAGCAAACUUGGACUGCCCUAAUUUGUAUAACAUGUAUGGCAUUGGGGUUUUUUGCCAUUGCAAUCUUGUAAUAACUAUUAGAUUGUGUUUUUUUUCUCAAGAUAUCAAACUAUUAUCUCAUUAUUACAAUUUAAUUACUUUAUGAUAUGUGACAAAAAAUGGUGGCCAGAACUGUAACCUUGUGCAACAUUAAUUUUCAGACAAAACUUCUAACUUAACUUCCUCUGAAGCGAAAUAAUGAGACAUUAAGGUCAUAAUGUUAAACUAUUAUUCAGAGUACUUUUUAACAUAAGUAAUCCUUAUACUUUAGUAAAUAACAUAUACAUAUAUAUGUAUGUCAAAUAAUCCCCUAUAACUCCCCUCUAUAUCCUCUCUGUAUUCAGCAUUUACAGGAACUAAAAAUAAUGAGUGAAUUUCAGCAAACUUUGUCAUGUCUGUUUUUGUUAUAAUUUUCAUACUUGAAUUUUUGUUUGGUUUUCAAAUGUGGAAACAAGUGACAGUAGUACAAAUACAACAUAACACAGAACAAAAGUUGUCAUGGGGUCCACAAACAUAUCAUGAUUGAUACCACGUUUGUACACUGAAUAUGAAGCUCUUAGCCCUUAGCUUAGCUUAGCAGAAAGACUGGAAACAGGGGGAAACGGCUAGCUUGGCUCUGUCUGAAGGUAACAAAGUCCACCCACCAGCACCUCAAGAGCUCACUAAUUAACUCAUUAUAUCUUGUUUGUGUAAUUCGUGGACAAACAGAAGUGUGAUCCCAUAAUGUCUUUCAUGGUUGCAUUUACAUGCUCUCAGAAGGUUCGCUGUACUGCUACUGUUCAGUCCAGCCUUGAUUUUCUUUUCUACCCGUUUCUUUCCUGACCGGCUGCAAAAAAUCAAUGUCAUUUGAAAUGUUUUCAUUGUAAGAACCACAAACUUUGACAGCAGCCUUUUAAUGUAAACUUUACAAAAACAAACUAUUUUAUGUACAUUUGUAUGCAGUUCUUUGUAAUCUCUCUUUUGUAUUUGUGUCGGGAACUGAUGAAUGAAAGAAAUGUUGAGGAUUGUGAUGAAUCGCACCGAGACAGACACUUGCUCAUCUUGCAGGGUCAUAUGCGUGUUUCUAUACGGAAACCAUCAAGGUCACUCAAGGUUGCCUUUACCUUUUUAUUUAUCUAUAAAACCACCAUACCAAAGCGGUUACAUUAUAUCCAUUAAAGUCUAUGCUUUUAAUGUAAAAAUGUCCAUUUAAACUGUCUGCAGUGAAGUUUUUAAAUAAAUGGUGUAAAUUAUGAUGCAA